AAUGGACUGAUUUUAACCAGUGCAUCUAUUUUUAAAUACUUUAUAAUGUAUUUAGUUGCAAAAUACUCUAACAUUUAUGGUCCGAUGGGUCUCUUUAUUUGAUUUAUAGUCAAUAAUCACAAAAUAUCAGCAGAAGAAUUGCGACGGGUGUUCAUUUGUUUGCAGACAUCACAUAAUAUAGACAUUGAGCAAGGGAAUGGAGAGAAUCCAGAGGAUGCCUCUGUCUACUUAGAAAAGGAGAACCUUUCAACAUACACCAUUGAAAGACUUCUGAACAAAGUAACAUUUGAAUUUCAUAAUUUAUAGUGAAUUUAUGGGAAUGCAAUUUGUUAAUAUUGAGUAUAUGAUUUGAUUGAUUAAUUAUAUGAUAAAGUUAGAUUUAAAAUGAAAAGUUUGAUAUGCAUAUACGUCUUUGACCUACACUGUAGGGGAAGUUCAGUGACGUUCAGGCGAAAUUGUUAAAGAGCAAUGCACCUGAUGUAGUUGCAUCCAUUGUCACAACACAUUACACCACGAAAAUGGUGAGGGAAGGCUUUUCAUCCCCCAAAACCUUGCCAUUGACUUUGGUUCAACCCAGGUAUAUAUACCAAGUGAAUUUUAUAUGCAGCUAUUGAGUGUGCAUUAAUACUGGUUGUUGUAUUUUGUUGUGUGCUGCACAUUUAUUAUGUAUUAAACAUGUCUGUUUUAAUAUAGUACUAUCAAAAGAGAAGGGUGGGCAACCCUGAUAGGGUGCAGUACCAUUGAAGAAUGCGUAAAUAUGUAUGCUCCAUGCAGCCCAGCCCAUCUGGAUCUUCUGUGCAAGGUCCAUGGGCAGAUCCACAUUGACCAUUAUGUGCAACAGGUUGUUUUUUUUUAGGAAUAUUAAUUUUUAUUUUGAAACAUAAAAUGUUCCAUUUGAGUUUUGAAUUUUUUAUAAGGUAAGUCAAUUUUUAUCCAAAUUCUGUACUUUUAAAUAGUAUGAGCGCAUAAUACGGAGUGAUAGCCUGGGGGAAGUUGAGGAGAUUUACAAACUCUUAGAUAUAAGGGGAAAUUCUGACAUCAAUAAGAGUUUUGAAGAAGCCUUGAUGGAACCUAAGGGUAAAGAUUACAAUGAAGUUAAUGAAAUGUUAUUGUGCCAAUUCAGUUUUAAAGUCUUUUACAUAGCUUGUGUCACCAUCUAGUCCUUGAAAAUUCCUUCAUUUCAUACUGAGUUUCAAAUUUCUGAUACAUAAGUAAUGUAUUUUUAUUUUAUAUUUAGCAUGCUUUCCUUUUGUCUUGUUUGUUUCUGCUCUUUAUGCUCUGUGUGGUUCAUAUUAGGACACUUCAGGAUGCUGUUAUUAGCAGGCUGUCUCGAGUGCAACAUUUCCCUGCAUGUUAAUGAAACUGAAAUAAAAUUCCCACCCUGUCCUUGCCUGCACUCUGCAAGAACUACUUUGGCCAUUUUCUCCAUAGAUGGUCAUUUCAAUUUGUCUGUGCCAGUUUCCACGAUUGCAGGUGAUUGUUUUCUUUAUCAAAAGUGCCAUUUCGUUUGCAAAUUUUUUGUUAUGCAUACAUGUUUGCAAUGAAAUAGUUCUUUUGUUUACCGUACUACAGCAGAUGAAGAACCAAGUAGAACAGGGAAGGAAAAACAAUAUGCAUAUUGACUGCAUACUUACUCUCUGCUUUUACUAACCUCUUUUAACAUGUCUAAGUGUUAUUCUAAUGAUAUGCACUUCACUCAGAUGCAGUUUGAAUGAUAAAAAUCAUAUACUUAUUAAAGGGUAUAAAAGUGCCAGCAAACCUGUGAUUGAGUUGGAGAGAUACAGACUCCCAGGAAUGGAGAAAAGAGUGUGAGGAUCUUUCUGGGUGUUUCUAUAUUGUUUUGAGUUUUUUAGUUGCUUUCAAAUACUUCCUUCACAUUUAUUUGUUGUUGUUGGGUUUUUUUUCAAUUCAUUUUGAUGGUUAUGAAUUCCUAUUUUUUCUAAGUUAGAUUUGGAUUAACUGAAAUCUCUCUCUGAUUGCUUUGCUGUAUCAUAAUAUUCAUGUUGAUGAUUCAGUAAAAACUCCAUAAUAAGGAAUACUUUAUGGAAUGAUUUGAAAAUCCUCUGCCAUAACAUUGAGAACCAGUGUUAUUGGAUGCAACUGCAACACUAAACAGAUGACAUGGUCAUAGAGUAGAAAUGGGGAUUGACUUAUAUGAAGUUGACAUCCGGUCACUCAACCCUAUGAGGUGGCUGACAGAUGCUGUUAUAGAUGUUGUAGCAAGAAGAAUGAAAGAACAAAUCCCCUCAAAGAAUGUGUACAUCUUAGAAACAUUCUUUGCACAGAAAUUGCUUGUCAAAGGAAAACUCAACCGUAGACCCCUGGACAUGACAGGAUGUAAUUACUUGGGGGUGGAAAAUGUCCUUGCUGCUUUAGAUGUGGAUUUAGAGAAAGGAGCCAUCCUCAUUGUACCAAUCAGUAACAUGGUUCAUUGGUAUUUGGCUGUGUUAUGUGCAGAGUCACGGUCCAUUUACUUUCUCUGUUCCAUGAAUGGACGAUAUGAAAAUGAGGGGGCAUCAUUGAAAGUAUAUUUUGAAAAGGAACUGGAGAAGUGUGGCAUUGUGGACAAAGUUGAGGUGGAGCAUAAAAAAGUUCCACAACAGAGGAAUAGUUUUGACUGUGGGGUAUUUCUCCUUUCCUAUAUCAGAAACAUUCUUCAGAACCAGUCAAUUGCAGAUGUUGAGAAUACCACAAUAUUGAUCAGGAACGAGGUGUCGAAUUUGUGCUUGUCAAAAUAAAGUUAGAAAUUAUAGAAACUACCUAAUGCAAGGCGAAGAUAACGAACAGUGAUCAAUCUCAUAACUCCUACAAGCAAUACAAAAUAGAUAGUUGGGCAAACACGGACCCCUGGACACACGGAUUAUAAAAUGUAAACUGACCCAAACCAGGUUAUACUCAUAUAACUUGCCCCAGAAUUAAAGUCAUUCCUUAAAUAGAGUUAUCAUUCAUUUUACAUGGUUUAACUCCUGAUUGAUUAGAUGUUUUUCACUAUGUUCACAAAAUUAGCAGUAGAUCUAACAGAUUAAGAUCUAUUACAAUUACACUUAUGGUAUAAAAUGCCAGAAUUUUAAAAUAUAACCCAACAUUGGAAACCUUAUCAGUAUCUUUUUUUUUUAACAUUGGAAAUGAAAACACAUACAUUUGUUUUUGUUUUCAGUAUUAUGUCUGUAGAUAGGAUAUGUAUGUAACAUAACUUCAUAUACUAAUCUAUAUUAUACCUGUAUAAUACUUCUGUCUAUAUAUGUGUUUUCAGGGGAUAGUGUAAAUUAGUACUAUACAUGUAAUUGUGCUAUUAUAUAUAAAUAAAGGACAUUAUUGUCAUUUUCUAUCUGAAUGCCCUGGUACAAUAUAUGUUAUCUAGUUUUGACAAGUGCAUAGCAAGUAUUUUUAUGUGAAGAGUAAGGGGAAGCCUUAGUUCAAGCAAAAUAGAAUAUGUUCAUUUUGAUUUUAUGAAAUCAUCACUAAGUGGUAGUCUCUUUCAUUUACCAUAUAACAAUGUGUACCUGAUGUUCUCAUCAUGCAUGGACAAUUUUUUUUCAUGUUGAAGGUUAGGUUUAAUUCUAUGGACUUGUGUCAUUUUGUUUCAAAUUUCGUAACACCAUGUUUACAUUCAGCUAUGAAAUUCUUCUGGUGGCUUGUUAAAAUCCUUUUCUGAAAAACCCAGCUGUAGGUAUUUCUUGAAUUCUGGACAGUCCUAGUUUUAUGUGUUGACUGUGAGCACAUAAGAAUAUUACUAUCUAGCAUAUUGUACAUCACUUAAAAUUACAAUAUUAUUUUAUAAAACUGAUGCACAUUUUGAAUUGAAUAAUCAUGAUAUUGUAUCUUUUCUGCAUCUACUUUGUUUGACCAACCUAAUGUUAAACAGAAUAUACAUGCAUGUAAAUAUGUAUUUCAUGUACCAUUCCAUGGUUUAAUGAGGUAAUAAACUACAUUUAA